ACGAAUGGUCGGCGUGAAGCGACGUAUACGAUGGAUUUGACGGCGUCGGCGACGGCGGCGGCGGCGAUCGACACCGAGUGACGCGCCUCCUCCUCCUUCUCCUCCUCCUCUCCCUCAUCCUCCUUUACUCCCUCGCUACUGCGCUACUGUUCGGGAUUGUUGCGAAUAAACGAAGAGCGCACGCGAGAGCGACUGUCCGUCAUGACAGCGAGAGGGAUGCGGUCGAGGAGAGCCCCGUGACGAAACGAGACGGAUCUCGCCGAGGAAUUCAGGUGCAUUAUUAUGGCAGAAUGGACGAACGCAAAUUGCUACCGUUGCUGAUGCUCUUCCUGGCAGGAUGGCAGGAAGCAGUGGCUGUGGUGCCGAUGCGGCACGUCGCCGUGGACGUUGGUAGUAACAUGACAUUGGCCUGCACCGAAGACAAUGACCUCCCGCAUUCCAAGGCGUCCAAUGUGAUGUGGAUAAGGGAGGGACGGGAGGAUGGGCAGAUUGAGCGGCUGAAAGUCGAACCAAACGGCAUGCUGAAACUGUUAAACGUCAGCGUGGACGACGCUGGCAAUUACUCGUGCACCUUCGACGACGAUCUCGACACUGUGAAAACUAUGAUCAACGUGACGGUCAGAACACCUCCUUCAGCCCUGCAAAAUGUAUGGGUCAAGCCAUCUACGAUAUUGGCCAACAUUCUUUGGGAGGUGGGAUAUAACGGCGGAUAUCCUAUCAUAGACUUCACUGCCGAAUAUCGUCUGAAACCAGUGGCGGGCGAAGAACCGGAAGAAUGGAAGCCCAUUAGUCCAAUACACAUUCCUCCAAAUUCUAGACAAAUAGAUGUGUAUCAUUUGAUGCCAAACACUACGUACUCGUUUCGAGUGUGGGCAACCAAUCAGCUGGGAAAAGGAGAAGUCGUGGAAGUCGAGGGUCAUACGCAGUACACUAUAGAAGAAUUUGAGCUCGAAAGACACCUCUUAGCCGGCGUAGAGAAUUUCGAUCCGCGCGUCUGGGUGGCAGCCGUAGGUAUUGUGAUGGGCACACUUAUGAUUCUUGGUUUAGGUACAUGUUACCUACUGUAUCGCGAGUGCAAGGCACCCUCGCAGCUGGAGGAGCAGGAGGUGAUUGAGCUCGUACCCAACAUCAUUUUGAAUCCGGGAUUUUUCGACGAGCGCACCGAGCACGUACCACAGGACGAGAACUUCAACAAUCAGACGACUACGCGCCUCAACAACAACAGCGUCGUGCAACCUAGACGGCUUUAGCGUUUUUUGUUCAUCUUAGAUCUGCUCCGCUCCGAAGUGAGUAAAUUGGACGCAGUUUUACACGACAUCUCGAACGUAAGUAACCGAAUUUAUCGGAAAGGCCUCGAGUUUGUCUAAAAAAAAAAAAGAAAGAAAGAAAAAAAGAAUGAAAGACAACGUUCGACGAAAUUGAUAGUAGACUAAAGAAACGCAAGACUAUUUAGCAAUCAUGGCAAAAGGAGAAUACGCUUCGGGGAAUUUUCGGGACACUUCGGCGGUCCAUCGGUAGCUUGGAGUGACCCGACAGUUUUCUCGACUUUUUUCUUGCAAUCAGAGAUCGAGCGAGAGAACAACCGGCUUUUAUUCUAAAAGGGUUUUCGUGAAACCCACGUGUCUUUAACACGAUUUUAAGAAUUCCAAUGGGACAUUUGUAGAAAAUUGCUGUUAUUCUUGGAAGAUUUACAAACAAUUUCAAGGAUGAGGCGUAAGUAGAUUUUUAUAUGUGCAGUAAUGUAGAGAAGUGUAAUUUAGGUAGAGUAAAGCUCAGUUUUGAGAAGCCGGGAGCUAUAUCUCCCUAUUAAAAUAUAAUGAUAUUAAAUAAAUCACAUAAUUUCAAACUGAUAGCAACAAAUGAGACUGUCGAAACGGAGGGAAUUGAAAAAAAAAAAAAUGAAGGUUCGCGUUCGAUCUCUGAUGUUACAACGCAACAAUGAAGUGUUCAAAAUCAGAUUGUAAGAUUCCAUGUCAGAUUUCUUUGCGAGAGGAGGUGAUAGGAUUUUUUUUAGAGAUGUUUACUGCAGGACGUUCUCUGUCUCUCGCUCUCGCGUGUAGUUUCUCGACGAGAACACACUCAAUGAUUGCUCAGUGAUCGAGCUUAAAAGGAAGUGGAACUCCUGUGAGCCAAAAGAUUUGUAGUAAGACUGUAACUCUAAGAGUAAUAAUUUAAAAGAACUCGAAGUGUGAGAAUCACGCGAUGAUCGAACGAUACUCAAAUGAAAAAAAAAAAAGAGAUGUAUUUCGCACUUGUUUACCUUUUUGGAAAUGUAACGCAAUGUGCGCGAAUGGUAUGCGAGUAUUACGAUUUUUUUAACAUGCUCAUUUAUCGUUUAAGCAAUCGGAUCGUACGUUUAUACAGUAUGACAAACUUACUGCCGUAUUAAGGUUUGCACAAGUCGUUGAAGGAUCCUUCCUAGGAAUCUCCCUGAGAAAAAGUCUCUUUUUUCCGUUUUGUUAUAAAUUUACGUGUAGAUACCCCUUUUGCGUCUUUGUAACGUAUGCUACCGCUCGUUAUGUGUGCUCUUCGUGGAAAAAUCCCGCGAAUUCGAAAGAAUUACGAUAGGAUAGAGAAGAAUAUUAUUUUAAUUCUAACAGUGUCUUUUGAGCUAACAUACCUUGAACUAUAUUCUUUUUACGUACGUUAGAUUUUGCCCGUAAUAUUUUUCAAUCUGCAUGCGAUUGUUCGAGGGAUGCGCAAUAUUGCUUUGGCACACUUCUGCACCACCUUGAUAACUAUCACAACCAUGUCUAACGACUCACCGAUUCACACGUUGUUUCGUAAAUAUCAAAUUUUCCCAAACAGCGACUAACGAAAGGGGAGAAAAGAGAAACGGGCGGAUAAACUCCGCUAAAGCACAAGUAUCAAUAGGUGUAAUAAAACCGUGCGAGAAGAUACAUGGCGUUCCACUUCGGCGGCACCAUUUUUUCCCGACGUUAUUUCGAUCGAUGUCGUUUCCUAGUUGAGAAGGAAGCCCCGCUUGUGUAUCAUUCAUUAGCAUUGUCGGAAAAUGAGGCGGUAGGGAAGUGGAUCGCCCGGUACACAGCAAGCCUACAACGCGCGUGGAGUAACGUGCAUUCUCUUUGCAUCGCGUGCAAUAAUAAGAUUUCAAUAAUCCUAGCACUUAAUUAUACAUUAAAAAAUAAGAUGAAGAUAGAAACACAUUACAUAUUUUGAAUAACGCUAUCGUACUAGACGUGGAAUGAAUCUCUGCUAUGAUUGAGCAACUGGACAUUCUGCAACACGGUGUCUCUCUCGGCACCGUGUUUCGUGCGCGUGCACAGGACUUCAAUAUUAACGUUCGACAGCGGCAGUUAACGGAUGGACGUUUGAUUUCUGCUAAUGAAAAAGAAUGCUUGAUGUAGAGUAGCAGUCGAUUUUGAUGAAUACGUUGUUCCUGUACAUCCGUUAUACUUUUUCUCCCGUUGCUUUAAUUAACUGCAUUCGAUCGUUUACCAGAGAGAAAACGCAAUACUUAGUUUUUCCUGAGAUAUUUGUUGAACAUAAUUUGUAUAUAAUUUGUAAAAUUAUUAUACUAUAAUAAUUUGAGCGUUCCUCUUCUUUCUGUCAGUGAGAAACGUAAUGGGUUCAAUUAAAAUUAUUAAAUCCACUCAGAGCAUAAUGGCACACAUAUAAGUUUCAAGUCAUCUGUAAGGUGACAAGAUACUUUAAUGCACGCAGGUUGUAUAAAAAUUGGUUGUGCGUUGUUACAUUGAGGCUUUGGAUUCGCUUCUCCUUUCAACUCCAUUCUUGAAUACGCAUAUAUAUGAGUAUGUGUAUAAACGAAUGGUGAUUUAAGAGUAAGCGGAUCGACAUUUAGCUUCGUACUAUGCACUCUGUGUUGUGAAUGGUAUAAUAGAUAUAUAUAUACAUAUAAGAAAAUAAUACAAUAAUAAUUAUAAUGACAUGAAAAUACGUGUAUAUGUAUACACAUAAAUAUAUAUACAUAUAUAAUAUAUUUAUAUAACCGAGACAUCAUGCUAUUUUAGGCAUAAGUAAAGACAAUUUUUUAUAUACAUUACGAUUAUGCUGAAACCUGAUGAUAAUAUUUAUCUAAUAUAUACGUCGAGACAAGGCGAUGACUCUACAUUAUAACGCGAUUACUACGUCUUGCUUUGCUAAUCGAAGAAUAUCGCUCACGAAAGUUACUUAUGUAGUGAUGCAUCCCUCCCUAAUUUACCACAGAAGAGUCGUAUUUUUGCCCGGGACAUCAGAAAUACGAAUCGCUAAGAACAGUAUAGCGUUAAACCAAAAAUUAUGAUAGUAUCGAUUUUUAAUACGAUUAUAUCAAUUUGAGUUUUAAUAAUUUAUAUAUAACAUAAUAAUUAUGAUUUAUGAAUAUAAUUAGAGAAUUAUCAUUCUCUGUAAUUAUACAGGAUGUUCUAUUUUAAUCUUUCCACGCAUUUAUCUCCCGAACUAAUUCGUUUUUCGAAAAAAUUCAAAUAAAACUUACUCCGUGUUCGAAGGGGACAUUUUAUUUUAUUGUUAGACACAGGUCUUGUCUAAGUGAAGAUGCCUCCAAGAUUUCCAAGGUGAUACAGUACACCCUGUAUAAUUGAGUAUUAUUAAUUCAAUUCUUUUGCGAUUUUCAAGGCGCGCGUGGAGUUAUUUGAUUCUUCAACUAAUACGACUCUUCAUUUUCAAUUAGAAAUUUUAGACAUAACUCUUUGCUUUUUACCAAAAUGUAAUAUUAAACAUACCUAAUGCCUACAGCAAAAAUUACUAAAGAAAGCCGUUUCAUCUCAUAGAGACGAAACGGUGCAGUAGUGUAAUCCAACAAAAAUUAUUCUUAUAACGACUACUAAGCUAUUAAGAUUGCGAUAACUUUCAAGAAGCAUCGCGUGCGUCAUGGAAUUUCUGCCAUUGUACUGUGUGGAGGGAAUAGCAUAUCUACACGCAUACGAAACGUAUGUCCGUGCGAUGGAGAUUAUUUUUCUUAUGUAGAAAACGCGUCCGCUGCAAUCCUAUCACUAUUUUAAGCGAGAAAUGGCAUUCUCUUAAGAAUGAUGAAUUGACAUACACCAACCGCGCUUUAUAUAUAUUUACAUAGCAAUAUAUAUAUUUUCUAUUCCUUUCUACAGUUAGAAUCGUAUAAGAAAAUCGCCGAUAAUAGAUGGACGCGGGCAAAAGUGAAUUAGGAAUCGUAAUGUGGAGGGAAAUAUUUGAUGAUGUAAUGAGAUUAUGUGAUCGCGAGUAUAAGUGUAUACCUACAGUAAUAAUGGCAGAUAUUUUAUAUUCAUAUCAUAAGACACAGUAAUAAUCUAUGUGCUAUCGUAGUAAUCUUUGUAAACGCAAUUUUCAAUACAUUUGUAAAUUUUAAGGUGAGGCAAUCGAGAGAAAACAAUCCUGAUAGUGAUUUCUUACGAACAACUUUCAGACUUUUAUGUUAUUGUCAAUUCUUUUGUAGUAUCUUUGAGAUUCUGUGUGCAUAUCGUUAAACUUAUUAAAUUUAAUACAUUUUUUAGUAUCAUGUAAGACUGAAAACCGAGUCUUCUUUUUUCUGCCUAAAAAGUUCUAAAAAUUUUUCUAGCACUGGAAAGAAAUAAUUUGGGAUUUUUUUCCAGAUAAUUUUUUUCUGCAAUGUAAUUUCUUUCAUCGAUGCCUUAUCUUAAAUCUUCGUCUGUUUAAUUAACUCUGCUGCAUCAACGCUCUCACUCUCUUCCGCGAAUAGGUCUCCUCGCUUCUCCGAGAUUCAUUUUUAUCCGUUCGCCUGCGCACUAUUAUUUAUACAACAGCUUAUGUAACAGCACCGCCGCGUUAGAUGUGCGUGCAAUUAAUCGUUCUCCUAUUGAUAUACCUUGCAUAAUUAUCCCCGAUAUACCUCGAUGAUUAGCGCACUCUUCGAUGAAACGUAUAUAUUAAGCGAAGCACAAUGCCAAUAGAAUAGUAUGUUUAAUGGUUGCUAGUGCCACCAUGUAUCGUCCCCAACAUACAUAUUUGCCUGCCUAAUUACAUCCCGAUGUGCGAUGAACAUACGUGUGUGGUUUCUAUAUGAGAAAAAAAAA